CGCAGAUCUGAGCAUGUUCGCCUUUGGCUUAGUGUGGUUGCUCCUCGCCAUUUGUUUGGUGACGGUGGCUGACGCCGACAGGCGGUGGACAGGCAAGACCGCACGGCGAGCGGCGUUUGCCAAAGGCUUCCUGGACGUGCCAAUCAAGCAGCCACAGAGAGAAGGUCAGGCCAACCGACCACUGGCAGUGUCACACACACAUACACACAGAUGGAUGGAUGGAUUGAUGGGCGAAUGCAUUCACACCUGUCUGUCACACUACUGUGUGGCUGUGUGUGUCAGGUGUGAUGCCGUCAAAGCAGAGGCAGCAGCUGCCACCGAGGCGCAGGCCGUCAACCACCACCCCCACUCCCACUCACCGCAAGCCACGACAACAACCAAGACAGACACACCAAGAACGACUCAUGGUACACACACACACACACACACUCCAGAACAGACAGACAGACACACACUUCAGACAGACAUUCAUCUCAUCUGUUGGUUCCCUCCCUCAUCCUGCCUGGCCUGCAGAGGACAUUUUCCCCGUCUGGCCAUCUGGAGGCGUUUGCCGCUGCCCCUCCAGGGCUGGAGGAGCUGGCGCGGCGAGAGAUCAGCGGCAUUGUUGCCGAGGAAGGGGCUGUGGGUGGGGUGGAGGCGUUGGCUGGAGGCGUGGCCUUCAACACUGACCUGCAGGGGUGAGGGAGGGAGGGAGGGAGGGAGGGAGGAUACACAGGGUGUGGUGUGUUGGAUGCACACGACUGUGUGCGUGUGGGUAGGUUGCUUCGCUGCAAUCUGUGGAGCAGGAUUGCCACCAGGUGGGAAAUGGGAAAUGGGAAAUGAUACCACGAUAGGAUAGGAGGCUGGGCUGACUGCCUGGGCUGACUAACACCGGUGUGUGCCCCUCUCCCAGGCUAUUGGUGCGGGUGGGAUCCUUUCGCUGCAAUGGCUUCCGCGACCUAGUCGAGGCUGUCGAUGCGGUCGACUGGGCGCCCUUCGUCCCUGUGGGAGCCCGAGUGCGUGUGCGGGCUACGCUGUCCGGUUCGGCGCUGUACCACCAGAGGGCGGCCGAGCAGAGAGUCGGGCAGCGUGUGGCGGAGAAGACUGGUCGGUGUGUGCGUGUCCGUGUCCACUGGUGUGUGUGUUGAAACACACGGGGUGUGUUGUGUUGUGCUGUGCUGUGCUGUGCUGUGGGUGCAGGGGCGGUGUUUGUGGAGGGUGCGAGUGAAGAUGUGGAGGGAGAAGAGAGAGAGGAGCAGCACAUUCUGCUUAGAGGCAGGGUUUCACGCUGAAACCGGAAGGGACUGUGACCUUCUUGUGUGUGUGUGUGUGUUCGUGUUCGUGUUCGUGUGUGCAGUUGAGAACAACUGGGCCACGCUGAGCAUCGACUCAUCGGGACCCUCUCUGUCCAAACGGGGAUACCGGUGCGCGAGUGGACACCUGACAGCACAGCACCACACAUACACGCUCUCCCCCUCUCUGUCUCUCUCUCUCUCCCCAGCCUCUACAGCGGCAAGGCGCCCAUCCGCGAGAACCUCGCGGCGGCAUUCCUGACCCUCUCUGGCUGGACAUACGAGUGGGACGGGGAGGGUAGUGAAGCUUCGUCAACGAGUGGCCAGUGCGAGAGGGUGCUGUACGACCCAAUGAUGGGGUCGGGGACCAUCCCUAUCGAGGCGGCCAUGAUUGCCAUCAACAAAGCUCCCGGUGGGUGGGCCACGCACCAGGAGAGCCGUCAUAUCUGCCCCUGUUAUCUCUCUCCCUCUUUCUCUCUCUCUCCCUCUGUGUGUGUGUGUAUAGGUCUGGAUCGUUCCUUUGCGAUGGAUCGGUGGCCGUGUGUUGAGCCCACCGGGCUGCCAGCAUCCCAGCGCGACGAGGCGAUGGGCCGUAUGCGGCCUGUGGAUGACAUCCCGCCCAUCUUCGGGUUCGACCGCGAUAUGGGCGCUGUCGAUAACGCUCAGGUGGGCCCUCCUGCACUUCUUGCACUGACGGAUGGAGGCGUAUCCACGUGUGUCCGUGUGUGUGUCGGGAUGGGUGUCAGGCCAACGCUCGUCGCGCAGGUGUCUACGGGGAUGGCGGCAGCAUGUGUCUGGAGCACGCCGCCCUCAAAACAAGUGCCUAUCGGAUGGCGGCCGACGAGAGGGUCAUGGCGGCGGCAGGGGACCGGCUGAUGGUGUGCAAUCCUCCCUACGGCACACGAUUCGGUGUGUGAGCGCUUGUGUGUGGUGUGAACAGACAGACACACUGAUGGAUGGAUGUGUGUGUGUGUGUGUGUGUGAAGGUGCGGCUGACGAGCGCAAGGCCGAGCUUCAGUUCCGCGACCUCUACGAUUCCAUCGGCAACCUGCUGCAGCCAAACAAACCGCUGCACAGGUGGUCAGUGGGCCUCGUCUGCAACAGCAAUCGGCUGGCGAACCGGCUCCGUGUGCCGCUGCGGACGGCCACGCCGCCCGUCGACUCGGGCGGGGCCAAGGUGCAGCUCUUUGUGAGCGAUAAGACUGCAUCUGCAAAGGCAGCAGCAGCAGCUGGAAGGAAGCCGCGAAGACGGCGGCUGACGGUCAAGAGGGAAGGGGCAACAGAGGGAGGGAGGGAGGGUAGCAGCAGCGGUUGACUGAUCUGAUUUGUCACUCACACGAACAUGCAGGCAGACAGACAGGCAAGCGCGUCUGCUCGUCAAUCCACGGACGGCUGAGAUGGCAUGAGUGUGUGUAUGUAUAUACGCACACACACGAGUCGAAGGGACGACAUGCAACGCAGAAGCGAAGCGGACAGGCAGCGCGAGCACAUGCAGAAGGACUAGGCAGGGAGGGAGGCAGGGAGGUACCCAGUUAGGCGUGUACCUAAUUCACGAUAUCAUAGCCACAUCGGUGCGUGUGUACGCGACACUACGUACGAAGGAAAUCAACGCAUCGCAUCGCAUCGCAUGAAACAAGGCGGAUGAAGUCAGUCAACGCGCAGCGAAUGAAUGCGAUCAUGGAUCCCCUCCCACACACCAC